CUGGCGCUGAUGAAAAGAAACAAGAUUGGACAUAAGCUACAUCUAAGCAAACUGUGUUUAAUUUUACCAAAUUGUUGAUGUAAACAUGUUCAAUGUGAGGAUAAAUCUUUCAUUUUUAAGUUUCUUUACGUUGUUUUUGUUUUAAGUGUUGUUUUUAUCAUAAAUUAAUUAAGUAUCUGUUAAGCUGUUAAAUCACAUCAUAUUUUACAAUGUCAGUAACCGGUGUAACUAUUAAUACACCUUCAACUGGGUGGCCAAAAAAUCAAUCACAGUUCACUGGGAAUUAUCUUGCUGCAACAAAUUUACUCUCAGUUACAUGUAACCGGACAAUCAAUCUAUAUCCUUUAACAAAUUACACUUUUGGUACAAAAGAUGCUCUCUUUGAAAAAGACCCUUCUGUUCCAGCAAGAUUCCAAAGGAUGAAGGAAGAAUUUGAAAAAGUAGGAAUGAGACGAUCGGUCGAAGGAGUUCUUCUUGUUCACGAACAUCGUUUACCUCAUGUCUUACUAUUACAAUUGGGUACAACAUUCUUUAAAUUACCCGGUGGUGAACUUAAAGCCGGAGAAGAUGAGGUUGAAGGUCUUAAGCGUUUACUUACUGAAACAUUGGGUCGCCAAGAUGGUAUUGCUAAUGAAUGGACAAUUGAAGAUACAAUUGGUAAUUGGUGGAGACCCAAUUUUGAGCCACCUCAAUAUCCUUAUGUUCCUCCUCACAUAACUAAACCAAAAGAGCACAAGAAACUAUUUCUUGUACAACUACCGGAGAAAGCUUUAUUUGCUGUUCCCAAGAAUUAUAAAUUGGUAGCUGCACCGCUAUUUGAAUUGUAUGACAAUGCUCAAGGAUAUGGACCUAUCAUCUCUAGCUUACCUCAAGCCCUGAGUCGCUUCAAUUUUAUUUACUUGUGAAUUAAAUAUACUUUAUUAUUGAA